AUGACCGAACCGGCACUAGUGUUCGGGAGCCACAUGCUCGGUCACGCCCAAGAGGCGACCCGAGCGUCAGCGGGCAGCUCCAGAGAACGAGUCAACCUAGUGGCGCGGGAGGCGAUAGUGAUGCUCUCAGCCCGAAGCUGCCCGGCCGGGGCCCAGUCAGAAGUCGGCGAAAGAGCAUUACCCCUGACGGUGGGGUGGUUUGGUUGGGGUGUUAGGUAUGGGGGGGGGUUGGAGGGGGGGGUUGGUGUGUUGGUUGGGUGUUAG